AUGGCCGAUCCGAUGGCAUGUGACGGAGACCACAAGUGUAGUCUCGACUUCAACGAGGAGCUGGACCGCUUUGUCUGUCGGGAUCAAGACUUUGGCCACACGAUGCUCGAGCACCUCGAGGACAAUGCGUUGGCCGAUGAGCGUCUCCCUGUGAACAAGUCCGUGUGGAUUGAGUUCCGCGACACCAAGUCGCUGGGCACCACGAAUGUGGGCCGCGACCUGCUGGUGGUCAUUGCCUGCCCGACGGCCUGCAUCGUCGCCCGGUUCGGCCUGCCUCACGGCCGCGUCGACGCCGGUGCCAGCCACCUCGACAUGCUCGAGGAAAAGGAGAGCGCCUUCAACUUCAUCGCGCUGCUGAAGGAGAUGAUUCAAGAAGUCGUCGCCGGCAGUCACUUUGAGUGCCCCUCCUCCGACAUCGUCUGCGUCGUGCUGGGCCCGGUCGACGAGCUUGACCAGGGCUGCAUCGAGCACCAAGUGCUCCGCAUCAUCAAGUCCGGCCUCGAGUGCUUGCAACUGCAGCCCGUGUUUCGCCAGCUCGAUGAGCCGACCGGCGACGUCCGCUGCAACAAGGCCUUGGGCAGCGUAGUCGUCCUGGCGCCGGAGUUUACGCGCACAACCCUGCCCACCCUCCUCAUCGAUGACGAGGAGUUGCUCAGUCUGCCCCCUCCGCCGGAGUCGGAUGUCCUGUGGCUCGGCGAUUAA